GUGGUACCAUUGUCUUCUCGGACUUCGUGGGAUCAACACACUUAUCUCUCCUGUAGGAUUCCAGCAAGAUGCAUUCAGUGGUGCUGAUCGUUUUAUUGGCUGUGGUGCAGUUUCUUGGACUUGAUGCUGUGUAUGUAGAUAUUAGGGAAUACAGGGGAUAUAUACAGCGAAGGCAUAACAACUACAGGUCUCAGGAAGGUGCUGCGGACAUGAAGUACAUGUCAUACGACCUAUCACUGGAGCGAGCCGCUCAAAGAUGGGCUGACAGGUGCGUGUUUGAACAUCAGAUGCGAGGAUAUGGGGAGAAUCUCGCGUUUCUCUCAAGCACUGGACCCACUCCAUUCCGCGGCUAUGUUAUCGACGAAUCCAUCCGACAGUGGUAUAACGAGCGCCCUCUAUAUAGGUUCGGCAGCGCCUCUUGUGGAGCAGCUUGCCAUUACACCCAGAUGGUUUGGGCUCAGACUUCCAGGCUUGGUUGUGCCAUGAGUUACUGUAACGCACUAUCCGACGGUAGAGGGCGCGUAUAUCGUAACGCUCAGUACUUCGUCUGCUUCUAUUCACCUCAGGGUAACUACAUCGGACAGCCCCCUUUCACCCCUGGUCCUGCGUGUUCGAGAUGCCCACCAGGAAACAGCUGUUUUCAGGGUCUUUGCUACGGUCCUGAUUUCAGAGGAAGAAGAAGGAGGAGUGUCGCAGCAACUUAUAAAUCCACCAUGACAAAAUCAGACGUCUGACAAUCCUAAACAUGCAUGUGAUAUCAGGUCUCAGAAGGAUUUUGCUGCUGAAUAAACAAUUUAUAUAUAAAGUAUCUGAAAUAAACGCUUUACAGUUCGUGUUAUACGUAUACCCAGUGUCUUUUCAUGAGAUAUACAGAAGCAUAAACAUUGUAUUUCGUUG